CUGGAAAACGGCGCCCUCAUCGGACUCGAUCCCGCUCGGACGCAGGUGGUCCGCGCCGCAGUUACCACAGCGCAGGCAACGGCCAGCAGCGAACGCAGCGGCAUUUGAACACUCACGACACCCAAUUCUUAAGGGCAGCCCUACAACGACCCCCUCCGUGAGCCACAGUCAUGCACUGUCCAUAGCGACGACGGUCGGACAUCUUCCCAUACACUUGCAGAUAGAGGUUGUUCUUCCGGUAAUACUCACGCGUAGACUUCCAGGACGUUGAUUGGCGUGGUGUCGAUGCACCAUUAACCAACCGGUACGACCGUAUCGACAUGGCUGUCCGAAGAACGGAAGUCAACGCGGUGGAGCAUCGAAGCUGAUCGGAUGAGAGACCCAAACAAAGAUACCCUAGUUCAGAACACCCGGCACAGCCUCUGUCAUUCUUCAAUUCUCCACCGAGACAGCAAUUGGAAUUGACAAAAACAAGAUGCGGAUGACUGGUAUCCUCGCUGCGUUGAUCGGGACAACCGUGUAUCAAGUCGACGCUGCUGUGAAUCACUACGUCCUGGGAACGUCGUUCACCGUCGCCGUCGAUGUCAACGCGACAUCAGUCGAGGUCGUGAAUACUGCCGGCGACCAAGUGUGGAAAUCCGCGUCGGACCGUGCCUUUGUAUCGGCUUCAACGGGCCUCACGACGAUCACUCAAUCAUCGGGGAACUUCGAGUUAAACGGCGAUACCGUGGGAACUCCCAUACAAAAUAUCACCAUCGGUGACGUGACUUCAACUCUGCGAUAUGUAGAACUCUCGGGAUCAUUCGAUGACUCCAAUUGGACCUGGACGCUGUCGUUCUCUCUGGAUUCCGAUGACUCGCAAACGCUUAAAUUCAAUGCAAGCGUCGACGGCUCUGACGUAGCCAACGUGUACAUUGCGUACGAGUCUCCACUCGAAGAAGCUUUCUUCGGACUGGGUGAACAGACAGGCAUCGGGAACCUUCGUGGUUGGCGUGUACCCAUCUGGACCCGCGAAGGUGGAGCUGGUCGAGGGGAAGAGCCGAUCACUUCGGUUCUUAACGCAAACCCUUCAGUUGCCGGUCAGUUCGCCGGUGGAUCGUUAUUGACGACAUACACGGCGGUGGCUUCGCUUACGUCGUCUCUAGGGCGAUGGAUCGUCCUGGACGGUACCAACUACGUGCUGUUUAAUCUCGCCAGUAACGCUACUACUCCGUUUAAAGACACUGCAGAGAGUUUCCUAGCAGGCGAUAUUGUGGAAGGGGAUCACUCAAACUCCUUUACAACUGUACAAAUCCAGUAUGAGGGCUCUUCUGUUAGUGGCUGGCUCGGUCGAGUCACGGACGGCAACGUAUUGCUUGAAGCUACCGGUGCAUUGACGGAAGUCACGGGACGACAGCCUACACUACCGGACUGGGUGAACGACGGAGCCAUUCUGGGCAUCCAAGGCGGCCAGGAAUUCGUCGAGGGGGUUAUUCAAGACGCACAGAACACCGGCUUACCAUUGGCCAGUGUGUGGCUUCAAGACUGGUCGGGUACACGUCUACAGGCGGGGUCGUACGGCAUCGACGUCCACCGGUUAUGGUGGAACUGGGAGCCUGAUACCACGCUGUAUCCGACGUGGGCGGAGUGGGUACCGUACCUUCGUAAACAGUACGAUGUGCGUACACUAAGCUACGUUAACACCUUCUUGGCCAAUGUCAGUACUAAGAGCACUGGCUUCAACACAAACUUCUACGAGAUCGCCAAACGAGAAGGGCGGUUCGUUACGAACUCCACCGCAGGCGACGACAGCGUGUGGACUAUCACCAGUGGCGUUGGGAUCGAUGCUGGUAUUCUAGAUCUGUCAAAGCAGACUACUAUCAGCUGGUUUAAAGAUCUGGUUAAGCAACAGUUCUAUUCCGUUCCAAUUUCUGGCGGCAUGCAAGAUUUCGGAGAAUACCUCGCAGUGGACGACUCGGUGAGUCUCUCAAGUGGUACGGUGAACCCUCGUGUGUUCCACAAUGCGUACUCAACAGUCUGGGCCACUAUUCUUCGAGAAGUUGUCGAGGAAUUGGGAUUGACGAACGAAACUAUCGGAUUCCACCGUAGCGCCGGUACUUUUUCGGCCAAACACACGAAUAUCUUCUGGGUAGGCGACCAGAACAUCGACGCGUCUCGCGAAGACGGACUACGCGCGGUUGUGAGCAGUGCACUCCACAUUGGAGCUUCGGGUUUUGGCCACACUCACUCGGAUGUGGGCGGAUACACCACUAUUCUGUCUGCUAUCGGCAAUUUAACACGUAAUGCUGCGCUACUGGGACGUUGGGGAGAGCUCAGUGCAUUCAGUGACGCGGUAUUUCGAACGCAUGAAGGGAACAUCCCACAGGUGAAUGUACAGGCGUACACUAACGCUUCGACGUUAGCGUACCACGCUUACAACGCGCGGUUGUUCCGUAGUCUUAAGAACUACCGCGUGGAUUUACAAGCGGAGUAUCAGACUAAGGGGUGGCCGGUGCUGCGCCAUCCGAUCGUUUAUUCCCCGAACGAUACGACAGCGCGCAGUGUCAUUGAUGAAAGUUUCUGGGUGGGGGAAGCUCUGUACGUGGCACCGGUGUACGAUGUGAGAGCUACUUCGCUUGAUGUUUACCUCCCACCGAUUGAGAUUAACAGUGAAGGUCAUCGUGUGAUUGGGUCGGGUAUCAGAUACAAACAUCUGUGGAGCGGGGAAGAGUUCGAACCGGGCCAAACUGUCACGGUUGAUACUCCAUGGGGCCAACCAGGAGUCUUUGUGCGCUGGCCCACCUCCGGAGAGGAAGAAUCUCAGCUCCAAGAUCUCUGGACCUUUGUGGAAACCGAGAAAUCGACAGUCUUGACAGCCUAAAACGUUGUCUACCAAGGUGUAUCCUUGAGAUACCGUCAGCGAUCCUAGUAAGGCGUAGUGCUUCUAAUAAUUGCUGGUCGAAAUACAAGGGAAUAAAUGUGGCAUGCGAUGAAGUCAUUCGUUUCGUG